AUGGUCCAGUUGAAGCCUCUUAUUGCUCUUCUUUUCUCCCUAUGUCUGCUUAUACCUUGGAUUUUUGCUAAGUCCACCGACGUUCACUACUGCAAUAAGAAGGCUAACUAUGCUGUUAAGGUCAGUGGAGUCGAGAUAACUCCUUUCCCUAUUUCUAGAGGCAAAGAGACCACCUUCAGCAUUGCUGCAUCUUCUGAUAGAGCAUUCUCUGGUGGGAAACUUACUAUUGACGUUUCAUAUUUUGGAUUUCAUGUCCAUGGUGAGACCCAUGACCUGUGUGGAAAGACGGCCUGUCCAGUUUCUGUGGGCAAUUUUGUUAUUUCUCAUUCCCAAUCUUUACCUGGAAUUACACCACCCGGUUCGUACACUCUUAAAAUGUCAAUGGUGGACGAGAACAAGAAGCAAUUGACUUGCAUUACUUUCAACUUCAGCAUUGGGCUUACAGCAUCAGAAACCUUGGCUUCUAGUUGA